AUGGGUGUAUCCGGCCUUCUCCCUCUUCUCAAGUCGAUCCAGAAGCCGACUGAGCUUAAGAAGUACAAUGGCCAAGUGCUCGGUGUCGACGCGUAUGGCUGGCUUCAUCGUGCCGCCUACUGCUGUGCAUUAGAGCUUGGCCAAGACAAGCCGACUCAGAAAUACCUCAACGCUGCCAUGAACCGUGUUCGUAUGCUUCGCCAUUUCGGUGUGACACCUUACAUGGUAUUUGACGGAGACUACCUACCCAGCAAAGCUGCUACAGAGGAUAGUCGUGCCAAAAAGAGAGAUGAGAAGAAGAAGGCUGCGAUGGAACUGCUACGUGCCGGGAAACCGGCCCAGGCCACCCAAGAGUUCCAGAAGUGUAUCGACAUUACACCCGAGAUGGCAUCCGCUUUGAUCCAAUUGCUCAAGAAGCUCGAUAUUCCUUACGUCGUGGCCCCCUACGAAGCCGAUGCGCAACUUGUCUACCUCGAACGACAGGGCCUCAUCAACGGCAUCAUUUCUGACGACUCGGAUCUACUCGUUUUCGGCGCCAAGAAGCUUCUCACCAAGCUCGACCAGUAUGGCAAUUGUUUCGAAAUCAAUCGCAAAGACUUUUGCGCCUGUCGAGAGGUCUCCUUAACCGGCUGGUCUGACACCGAAUUCCGACGGAUGGCUAUCUUCAGCGGAUGUGACUACUUGGACGGGCUUCCAGGCGUAGGGUUGAAAACGGCAUAUCGUAUGCUUCGCAAGACCAAGGUGCCCGAACGGAUAGUACGCAUGGUUCAGUUCCAGGGCAAGCGGGUAUCCGAGAACUACUUGACGCAGUUUUACCAGGCUGAACUAACCUUCCUGCAUCAAUGGGUGUUUUGCCCAACCAAAUGUCAGUUGGUCCACUUGACGGAUUUAGAUGGAACUCGCACUGCCGAGGAGAUGCCCUUUAUCGGUGCCUUCGUAGAGCCCGAGCUCGCGCGGGCCAUUGCGAGAGGCGACAUGAACCCCAUUACGAAGACAUCAAUUGUCACUUCUACAACGCCAUCCAAGAGAAGGCAUUCACAACUGGCGACUGGUGCCGUCGAUCAGCCCCCACCAGACAUGAAAUCUAUCAACUCAUACUUCAAAGGACACAGUCGAAUACCCAUGGGUGAGAUGGAUCCUAACUGCUUUGAGGUCGAUCCUCAAAGAGUUUCACAGAUUACCGGGGGAGGAUUGGUACCUCGUGUGUUUCCUCUACCCAGACCAUACUUGGAUGAAUCAACUCGGCCCGCUUCGAAUAACUCACGCAGGCCGGAAGACAACCGCACCCGCACAUCUCCAAGACUUCACCGUCGCCGUACUGAGCCUAUCACCAACUUGCUCAACAGUUUCAUCGAGGAUCCCGUUGCCACAAGACGCAUAUCUGGUGUUGGCACUGACUCCAGCUCUUCUGCCAUCUCAUCUGAUCCAGCUAACCGGCCACCCAAGAAAGCGCGCCUGUGUGACACGAAUGAGACGGAAUCUGAUGAAGCUCUACCGCAAAAGAGCAAGUUUUUCCCAGCACCUAAACCGCGGAGGAGCCCACGGCGAGCCAAGAGCGAUGCUUACCUACUUUCGGACGAUUCGCUUGACGAAGCGCUAAUGGCUCUGCCUGAUUUUGAUGGUUGGAAACCCGCUGAUAAGGCCAAGAAGAUUGUGUCGGUUUUCGAAGAACGGGAGAGCCAAGAGACUUCAACAACUGCAGACAGCGAGAGCCAUGCCUCGUUUGCCAAGGAUGAUGAGACCCCUAUGUCAUCCCUGGACGAAUCCAUGCCUCCGCCUUCAUCCGCUGCGUCUCUGUCACGAACCUCUUCCACUCCCGCUCGAACAGACAUCCGCAAAUUCUCUUAUUCUCAAUCAACCGAGACACCUGCUUCGACUACCUCACAACGCUCUUCGGUCUUCAGCGCAGCAUCCACUCCGUCCACUGCCCCAUCAACCGCUGCCUCUCGCAUGACACCCUUACAACGUCUCGGUGCCCGUGCCAUGAACGCCCCCAUGUCACCCAAGCUGCCCAAACCACGCAACAGUAUCGAUAGGCAAUUCCUUUCUGGUGUACCCGUCAACCCAGCUUUUGUGCCCUUGCCCAAGGUCAAUCUGGACGAAGUUGCACAACUCAACCAGUGUGGCAGCGAAGACCAGAUCAUUCCUGCUAGUGACGAGGAAGAUGAGGGCGAAGAUGAGGAUGAAAUCGACCUUCCACCAAAGAAACUCAACCUAUCACGCUUUGCAUUCGCUUGA